AUGAACAAGAGAUCCGGUGAGGAGAAAAAAAUGAGCUCCGAGAGACGUCAUCUCGUAGAGGAAUUGCACGCUCCGGCGAGAAGAAAUUUUUCGCGAAGGCGCAUCAUAGUCCGAGGAUACAACGAUCUGUGGCAGGCUGAUAUCGUCGAGAUGCGUCCGUACUCGAGCUACAACAGACGCCGUCACUACAUACUUACCGUCAUUAAUGUGUUGAGCAAGUACGCGUGGGCCGUACCGCUCAAGAGCAAAGGCGGAAGCGAGACGGCUGACGCUAUCGCUGAGAUAAUUCGAGAGAGUGGAAGAUGUCCAAAAAAUUUGCAAACGGAUAUGGGGAAGGAGUUUUACAACGCCGAUGUGCAGAAAAUCUUGAAAAAACACAAC